GGUCAAAGUUUGACGCUGCGACGAACCGGAGAAGGAUUUUCUUCCGAUCUCGCUUCCACCUCGCCGCCUCGCCGGGGAGGAGGAGGGUCGAUGGCCGUGGCGGCGCCGGCGAAGGCGGCGCACGCGCUGGCGGCCGCCGCGGCGGGGAUGGUGCUCCUGUGGUGCGUGCACUUUCGCGGCGGCCUCGCGCUCAGCUCCCCCACCAACAAGGGCCUCAUCUUCAACGUUCAUCCUGUGCUUAUGCUGAUCGGGUUCAUCAUUCUAGGAAGUGAAGCCAUAAUGGGCUACAAAAUAUGGCCAUGGGGCCAUGACACAAAUAAGAUGGUCCAUUUGCUUCUUCAUGCUAUUGCACUUUUGCUGGGUUCAGUUGGAAUAUAUGCUGCCUUCAAGUUUCACAAUGAAAGUGGAAUUGCUAACCUCUACAGCCUGCACUCCUGGGUUGGACUUGGAACUAUCUGUUUAUAUGGUGUACAGUGGAUAUUUGGCUUCGUCACCUUCUUCUUCCCCGGCGCUUCGCCGUCGCUCCGACGCGCCGCGCUCCCAUGGCACGUCCGCUCGGGCCUUCUCGUCUACAUAUUAGCGUUGCUCGCGGCGGAGCUGGGGUUCCUGGAGAAGCUCACCUUCCUUGAGGCCGGAGGGCUCGGCAGGUACAGCUCGGAGGCCCUGCUUGUGAACUUCACCGCCGUGCUCGUCAUACUGCUGGGCUCAGCCGUCGUGAUGUAUGUUACUGCUCCGAUGCACAAUGAACAUUCUCAUGGGUAUUCAGCAGUGCGCAAGCCAUGAGCCAGAUGAGCCAUUGAUCGAUCCAGCUUCUUCAUCGGCUGUGUCUGUUGUAUAAUUGUUUUGCUGAAUUAUUCCCAUAGCUGCUGCCUGCUGCAAAUGUGGUUCAGAUCUAUGGGCAUGUGAUGUAACUUUGUAAGUAACUGACGAUAUUAAUUACGAGAUGCGAAAAUUUUGAA